GAAAAAGGGGGAGGAGCAGGAAUAAGACUCAGUAGGUUGGCGCCCCGGAUGGAAGGGCUAUACGGGAGGUCGUGGGUGUUUGUAUGUGUGUCAUGGGUUUCAUUGGCUUGCGUUGGGGUUCUUUUUAUUUGCCCUUCUUGGGCUACCUUCACUCUGAUUCUGCAUUUGUCCUUUGUGUGUAAUAUUAUUGUUCAGUGGAAGGAAAUAAACGAAAGAAGCAGCAAUAUCACGUCAAUUCAUAUUUCUCCCAUGGCAUAGCCGAGUUG